GCGUGUCUUCCGCGUCCUCCCCGCCCGGCGCCCGGCGCCCCUGCCUCGCGCCCGAUGGUGAGCAGUGUGUUGUGCCGCUGCGUGGCCUCCCCGCCGCCGGACGCCGCCGCCACCGCCUCCUCGUCGUCGUCGUCGUCGUCGUCGCCCACCUCGUCGCCCGCGUCCGUGGGGGACCCGUGCGGCGGCGCCGUCUGCGGGGGCCCCGACCACCGGCUGCGCCUGUGGAGCCUCUUCCAGACGCUCGACGUCAACCGCGACGGCGGCCUGUGUGUCAACGACCUGGCCGUGGGGCUGCGGCGCCUGGGACUGCACCGCACCGAGGGCGAGCUCCGGAAAAUUGUCCAAGCUGGCGACAAAGACCUGGACGGGCAGCUGGACUUUGAGGAGUUUGUCCACUACCUCCAAGACCACGAGAAGAAGCUCCGGCUGGUGUUCAAGAGUUUGGACAAAAAGAACGAUGGGCGGAUCGACGCACAAGAGAUCAUGCAGUCCCUGCGUGACCUGGGAGUCAAGAUUUCCGAGCAGCAGGCAGAGAAAAUACUCAGGAGAAUACGGACGGGCCAUUUCUGGGGCCCUGUCACCUACAUGGACAAAAACGGCACAAUGACCAUCGACUGGAAUGAGUGGCGUGACUACCACCUCCUGCACCCCGUGGAGAACAUCCCCGAGAUCAUCCUGUACUGGAAGCACUCCACGAUCUUCGAUGUGGGCGAGAAUCUGACCGUCCCCGAUGAGUUCACGGUGGAGGAGAGGCAGACGGGCAUGUGGUGGAGACACCUUGUGGCCGGCGGCGGGGCGGGGGCCGUGUCCAGGACCUGCACGGCCCCGCUGGACAGGCUGAAAGUGCUCAUGCAGGUCCACGCCUCCCGCAGCAACAACAUGUGCAUCGUGGGCGGCUUCACGCAGAUGGUCCGCGAGGGCGGUGCCAAGUCCCUCUGGCGGGGCAAUGGCAUCAAUGUGCUCAAGAUCGCGCCCGAGUCAGCCAUCAAGUUCAUGGCCUACGAGCAGAUCAAGCGGCUCGUGGGCAGUGACCAGGAGACCCUGAGGCUCCACGAGCGGCUGGUGGCCGGCUCCUUGGCGGGGGCCAUCGCCCAGAGCACCAUCUACCCCAUGGAGGUUCUGAAGACCCGGAUGGCCCUGCGGAAGACCGGCCAGUACUCAGGCAUGCUGGACUGUGCGAGGAAGAUCAUGGCCAAGGAGGGGAUGACGGCCUUCUACAAGGGCUAUGUGCCCAACAUGCUGGGCAUCAUCCCCUACGCUGGCAUCGACCUGGCCGUGUACGAGACGCUCAAGAACGCCUGGCUGCAGCGCUACGCCGUCAACAGCGCCGACCCGGGAGUGUUCGUGCUGCUGGCCUGCGGCACCAUGUCCAGCACCUGCGGCCAGCUGGCCAGCUACCCUCUGGCCCUGGUCAGGACCCGGAUGCAGGCUCAAGCGUCCAUCGAGGGCGCCCCCGAAGUGACCAUGAGCAGCCUCUUCAAGCAGAUCCUGCGGACCGAGGGGGCCUUUGGCCUGUACCGGGGACUCGCCCCCAACUUCAUGAAGGUCAUCCCGGCCGUGAGCAUCAGCUACGUGGUGUACGAGAACCUGAAGAUCACCCUGGGCGUGCAGUCGCGGUGACGCGCCGGCCCCGGAAGUGGAGCAUCUCAUUCUGUGAAUGUGCCAACACUACGCUGCCGUGCAACCGGGAGGACGCGGGCCCGGCCCUCUGCCUGCGCCCUCGCCGCUCCCCUCCUGGCCGCUUGUGCCCCACCCCCAUCCCAAGGCUGUCCGGGGAAAGGGGGCCGCCUGACUUCCAUGCUCCCCCUCAUCUGAGCUUGGCAGCAGGUGGAGACCUAGGGGUGGCGGGGGGCCCGGCUGCCCGGAAGGCAGGGUGCCGGGACCUCACAUGGGCCUGUCCCAGCGCAGAACCGGCCUGACCCAGCUCAGGCAGGGAGGCCGGGGGACAGCGGACAGGGCAUGCGGCCCCGUGCCUGGGUUCCUGGCAAGAGAAGGGGGCGAGGGGCCUUAAUUCCAUGGUGCCAGGAAGAGUUUCAUUCUGCAAGUCUGGCCGCCAAGCGUGUGGGCUCCGCGCUGCGGUGGGGGGGCAGCAGGCGGCCGCGGCCACCCAGGGGCCCAGCCCACUGGCCCACCCGGCCCAGGGCCGCCUCACAUUCCACCACGCAGCCGACCUCUGCUUGGAGCCUAUUUAUUUCAUAUUUAUUUGAACAGAGUUACGUCCUAACUAUUUUUAUAGAUUUGUUUAAUAGCCUUGUCAUUUUCAAGCUCGUUUUUUAUUCAUAUUUAUGUUUGUGCUUGAUUACGCCUUCCCAGCACCUGUGGGGUGGGGGGUGCCAGGCCCUGGUCUGUCCAGAGAAGGCGUGGGUGUGCCCCAGGACCCAGCGGGGAAGUGGGGCAGGGUCGCACCCCGGCCAGCGAGGUGGGGCCAUCAGCCUGGGGGACACUUUGUCUGCGGUUCACCAGGCCUGGGGUGGCAUCACUGCGGCAGGGGUGACGCCAGCCCCCACCCCCUCCCCUGCCGGCCGCCUGCUGACCCCGUGACCCUGCUGAGGUGGGGUGUGAUGCACACAGACCCAAACAGAACUGGAAUUUGUGCAAACGGAUGAAGACUUGGAAACAAUCUCGAACAGCUUCAAUAAAGUUUCAAAACUGA